AUGAUGCCACUCGCAGAAGCAGGCUCCCGGGAUCAAGGAGGGGGCCCUGCAGGGACCGAGCAGGCCAGGCUGGGCUCUGCAGAGGCUGAGGUGGCUGCGGCCAAAGGAGCAGGGGUGAAGGAGGGGGCCUCUGCCUCGCGCGAUGAAUCAGUAUCUCCUUCAGUCCACCUGCGCGCAGGGAGCCUGCCACAUGGUUGGGUGCAGGGGACCGGACUCUCGAAGCUGGGGAAAGAGCCGCAGGACCUAGGAGCGCCCCCUGGAGGCGGGACGAGGCUCUGGCCACGCCCCUCGCUGCCCCGCCCCCAGGCCCCGCCCACUGUGUCCUCGGAAGUGGGGAAGCUCCGCCAGCAGCCCCGGGACAGGUGGCUCCACGGCCGGGGAAAGUGCCGGUGCCUCCCAGGGCAGGAGUCCCUUCUCCGCAGCCUCUGCCGUCCCCUGCGUCCCCACCCGGGCUUCCGCGAGUCUGACUCAGCCGAGCCCGCAUCGCUUCACCUCCUCCAACACACCCGCAGCGCACGGAGAAAUUACAGUAUUUCAGGGGCACUGCUAAUGCGCUCUAAUUACCUACCGCCGCUCUCUUCCGCGGCUCUCAGUGGCAUUGGGCCAACGCGCCAUAAUUAG